AUGUCGCUGUACUGUGACUGCUUUGCAUCAGGAGUGUUAUGUAUCGACUGCGAUUGUGUUGAUUGCCAUAACAACUCUGAGAACUGUGAUGUCAGAGAAGCAGCUUUGGCGAAUGUGUUAGAUCGCAAUCCAAAUGCCUACGAUGGAAAACCUAUCAGCAUCCCAAUAGACAAGCGGUAUGAGGCUGCACCUGUUACGAAACUUGGAUUGCGUUCGAAAGGCUGCAAAUGCAAAAGAACCAAGUGUUUGAAGAAGUACUGUGAAUGCUUUCAGGCUAAUGCCCUGUGCUCAGACAAUUGCAAAUGCAUCAACUGCGAGAAUGUCAGUGAGAGGUUCCAGCCUUCUUUUUUUUCCUGGGGACUACACAACAGGAAGCGUUUCGAAAGUUACGCGAAGCCCGAGAACAGUUACAAUGUCAAUGCUCAAGGAAUCAUUUCUACUAACAGAGACAGUGUCAGCUUUUACAGCCACAUUACUGCUGGUGUUAUGAAUAAUACUCCUGGAUUUUCUGCUCACAGUUCCCUACAGCAGUGGAAUUCUCGUCCAGCUCUUCGAAGUUCGAUAACUGACAAUUCCAUUCUAAAAGCUCUGCAUUCUCCUAUGUCUAGCUCUCCUAAGCUUCCUUACAGAAAGAAAAGGUCGUGGUUGCGAUAUACCACCACACUUCUUCCCGACUUGGGAGAUAUAUGUUCACUUCUCGUAGCACCAUCUGAAUCUGCUACAGCCAAUGCAGCACUCAACGCCCCAGUGAUAGAGCUGCAAACAGGCUUAGAAGACCAGAACGGGAUAUGUAUAAAUCCUGAUGAUGCUAAGCAAGACAACAUGGACAUUGAGCAAUCGGACGAGUCUCUGAGCCGUAAUGUGGAAGAAGAAAUAGAAUCAUGUGGAAGAUUGAUCGAACUGAUAGAUGCACAAUACAAUGGAGUGGAGGAUUCCCAGUGUAAAGGGACAGAUGUAUACAUGGAGCAGGAAAGGGCAGUGCUUGAAACUUUCAGAGACUAUCUUCUGAAAUUCAAAGAGAUUGGAUUCACAAGAGGUUAG